AUGCCCAACUCUGAAAACGAGGCACCUUCCGGAGUUACCUCCAAUAAUUCCUACGUUUCGCGUCCUGGUAACAAGGGCGAGCCACUUGGCAUCGUCUCGGACCAAGAGAGAAUAAAGGACCCCAUCGAUGCUGACAAGGCCGACUCGGAUGCGCAACUAGCUCAAGAUGACAAUGCGGCUAUUGACCAGUCCAAUAUUAUUAAAGAUCGUACACGGGGUGCCAAACCUGAAGGCUCUUACAAAGCGCCGGGUGAUGAGGAGGGUUUGCCGGCUAAUGAUGGGACCAGUUCCGUCUAA